UCAUACACAGGAAACAACUGUAUAUGGAGUGCAUUAGGACUCUGAUGCUCAUGGGAGCCCGCUGUGGGACAAAGGAUCUGAAAAGUGGGCGGACUUCGCUUCACAUGGCUUCUGAGGAGGCAAACAUAGAGCUGCUCCAUUUUUUCCUUGACCAGCCACUUGCACUGGCUCUCGUGAAUGUCGAGACAUUCAAUGGAAACACGGCGCUGCACAUCGUCAGCUCUCUGCAAAAUCAUGAAGCUCAAGUGGACGCAGUGAAGCUGCUGCUGAGGAGAGGAGCCAACCCCAGUGCCAAAAACAUCGAGAAUGAACAGCCUGCCCACCUGGUGCCUGAAGGACCCACUGGGGAAAAGGUGCUGCAGAUCCUGAGGGGGAAAGAUGUUCGUGUUUAACUCAAAACUCAAAACCACUGUCAGUCAGACAGUCCACAUCUAUGAAGACAUAAUUUGCCGACAGGAGGCAGAUGUUUGUUGUUUCAAUGAAACAUGUCCAGUUGUUCAUUACAAUGUAGUGUUGAAAAUGAAAGUGAAGAUUUCAUUUAAUUUUUUUUCUCAUUUCAUGUGUUGUGAUUUUGCAUUUACUGUGUAUUUUCGGCUCUGAGCUGACUCAGUUUUAAACUGGCAGAUAAUGAGCAGAGAUGGGUUAGGUAUUUGGAAGAGUUUAGAGACUUAGACAGUUUUAAUGAUGAUUAAAUCAUAUGAGCAAUUUGAUUUUGUUAGUUUGUGUUAGGAGCUUUAAAAAUGUUAUGUAUUAUCUUAUGUUUGGUUGUUAACAUAAUAUAGAUGAUUGAUUGAUAGAUGAUUGUAAAAUCAGUUUACUAUUUUAAUAAUAUGUGGAAAGUUAUGUCUCUAUAAUCAAACCUGGUUUCUCAAAAUCUUGAUAGUGUAGAAGAAUUAAAUGAAAGGCAUGUUAACAUAUUUCAUGCUUAGAUUACAUGGAAAAUACAUUAUAAUGUGCAAAUAAAUGUUAAAUAUUUCAAAGUUUAAGGUGCAUUUAAGCAUUUAAGGUGUGAUUUUCAACUAAUAAAAUAAAAAUAAUUA